UCAUAUCUCCCCAGGCUGGCGGCUGGGCUGGAGCUGGGCUUUUAUCUCCCGGCUGGCGCUGGUGGAAGCCAGAUCCCCGUAGUCCUCAGAGACGUCAGGCUGCAGCACUCGCUCCGCUCGGCAUCCUCAAGCCCGCGCUCGCGCCUCCCGUUGGAGCACCGCCCCCCAACCAGGCGAAGAGUCGCUGGGGGUCCAGCCGAGACUGCCCAGUCCUCCUCCUCCUCUCACCUUCCCUCGCCUCUCCGCCCUCCCGUCUCCUCUCGAGUAAGGGGCAGCGGAUGAAGUGAGACGAUGGUCAUCCGAGUGUUCAUCGCCUCCUCCUCCGGCUUUGUGGCGAAAGAAGAGAGUCCCUGACUUAACAUAUGGCUUUCUGCAAAAUUCUUAUAAGGAUGACUGAUAAAAAGUACAAAAUACAAAUAAAGAAGAAACAGCAAGAUGUAGUGCGUUUUCUGGAAGCCAACAAGAUAGAAUUUGAGGAGGUAGACAUCACAAUGUCGGAGGAGCAAAGACAGUGGAUGUAUAAGAACAUUCCUCCAGAAAAAAAACCAGAUCAGGGCAAUCCAAUGCCACCACAAAUAUUCAAUGGAGAUCGAUACUGUGGUGAUUAUGACAGCUUUUUUGAAUCAAAGGAAAGCAACACAGUCUUUUCAUUCUUAGGCCUGAAAGCAAGAUUGCCGUCAAAGGCAGAGCCCUAAGAGUGGAAAGAAAAUGAAGAAGGCAGAAGCACAUUUGGAAGAGCAAGCGUGGUGUUCAGCAACAGCCGCUUCCCUAA